AGUCAUUCAACACACACUUUCACAUGAGAAAGCAGAGGAACUUAACCAGCUCUGAAAUGAUGGCAUGCGGGCAAUAUGAAGUCACCAUAGCUCCAAAAAAUUUGUGGGAGACAGACAGUGCUGUUUAUUCAGAUUCUGAUGAGAUGGACUGUUCAGAUCCGCUUGCAAUGAGCUACAGAUGCGACAUGCAUGAGGGCAUCAGGCUGGAGAUGUGGACUUCGCAGCACAAAAUGAAGCAGUUGGUGAACGUCAUCAUCGCCCUGAACAGAAUGAAGCACAUCAAACCCCAAUCCACAGAGUUUGGAGAAAAAGAGGUGCUGGACAUGCUCAUGGCGAACGUCAUCCAAGAGCGUGAAGUGAACGUGGUGGAUUCAGUGCCGUCUUACAAUAAAACCAAAAACGUCUUGCAAUGCACGAUUUGCGAUCAGUAUAAGAAGUCUCUGGUGCUCAGUGGCGGAUCUCCACAUUUGCAGGCCGUCACACUGAGAGCCGGAAGCAGCGACUUGAAAGUGCGCUUCAGCAUGUCCACGUAUGCGUCGCCCAGUGCUCCGGCUACUUCUGCUCAGCCUGUGUGUUUGGGAAUCUCCAAAAGUAACCUGUACCUGGCCUGCAGCCCCGCCGAAGGCUCCGCUCCACAUCUCGUACUCAAGGAGAUCAGCGGGUCUCUGGAGACCAUUAAAGCUGGAGAUCCAAACGGAUACGACCAGCUGCUGUUCUUCAGGAAGGAGACCGGCAGCUCCAUAAACACCUUCGAGUCCGUCAAAUGUCCCGGUUGGUUUAUCAGCACCGCGUAUGAAGAUUCGCAGAUGGUGGAGAUGGACAGGAAAGACACCGAGCGCAUCAUUAACUUCGAGCUGCAGGAUAAAGUGCGCAUCUAGAGUCUCAAAACUGCUGUGCUUCCAUCCAAAGACGAGAACUACAAUCAGCACAACAACAAUUCAGAUCUGCAGCAAUGGAGAGCUGCAGACCAACACUACUGACGCAAACACCCUCACACACACACAUUUAUAUCUGAUCAGCAGCUAUCAGAAACUAAAUCACAGCACACACACUGAUGCACAUCUUGGCGUUACAAUUAAGCAUUUUUUUAAUGCAAUAAUCCAAGAUGUGCAUAUAAAUAGAUGGAAGCACGGCUAUUCAGAGAUGGUUAUUAAUUAUGAUUUAAAGAGAGAGUAUGUACCAUGUACAGCUUACAGGAUGAUGAGUUCAGCUCAAGACUGAAUUAUUUGCAAAUAUUCCCCAAGUGCUGCUUAUUCUUGGAUGCAUUUUGAGCAAUAUUAGAGUUAAUAACUCGUUUAUUUUUGUCUUUGUCGUAAUAUUUUACUAAUUAUUUUAUUACGUUUAUUUAUUAAGGGGUUAUUAUUGACCACAGCGGUUUUAACUUAUGAAUAUAUUUAAUUUUUAUUAUUUUAAUUGUUUGAUCUGAAGGAAAUAUUCAUUUCUCCUGUGUGAAAAUAUACUGACAACUGUUAAACAGCGCUUGGGAAAUAUGUUAAUUUUAAUAUAUUUUCAGCUGUAAGGGUCUGUCAGAUCCUGCAUUUAUUUUUAUUUUUAUACUAUUUUUGGUAAUGGUAAAUUCACAUUGAAUACGUCAGGUAUGCUUCUCUGUUUUGUACUUAUAUUUAAUAUUUAUUUCAAUCAUGUUUUAAAUCAGUUGUAUUGUUUUCUGCAGUGAUUUCUUUGUUAUUUAAUAAAUAUUUAACUAUAUAUAUU